UUUUUAAUAAUAAUCACAGCUUCAAAUUUAUUUCCUAAUUUUCUCUUCAUCUAGGGUUCCAAUUCAUGAACAAAACCUACUGAUCCAAACCCAAACAACGAACACCACUACAAGUCGUUAAACCAGCAUGGACCAGCAAGGUCAUGGGCAGACCCCUGCAGCGGGCAUUGUUGGUAGUGCAGCUGCGGUUCCGUAUGGUAUAGCCGGUUAUCAACCUAAUCAAAUGUUGGGAGCCUCGGCUCCUGGGUCGGCUGGCUCAAUUCAAUCCCCUACUCAGGCUGCAGGCACCUCUGCCCCGUCAUCUCAGCUGGCACAACACCAACUUGCUUAUCAGCACAUCCACCAACAACAGCAGCAGCAAUUGCAACAACAACUCCAGCGCUUUUGGUCAAACCAGUAUCAAGAAAUCGAGCAGACUACAGAUUUCAAAAACCAUAGCCUACCAUUGGCCAGGAUCAAGAAGAUUAUGAAGGCAGACGAGGAUGUUAGGAUGAUAUCAGCUGAAGCUCCAGUAGUAUUUGCUAGGGCCUGUGAAAUGUUCAUUCUAGAGUUGACGCUGAGGUCGUGGAACCACACUGAGGAAAACAAGAGGAGGACCCUUCAGAAGAAUGACAUCGGAGCAGCUAUUACGAGGACCGAUAUAUUCGAUUUUCUGGUUGAUAAGAGAGAGGAUACAAAAGAUGAGGUUCUUGCAUCUGUUCCAAGAAUUGAAGGUCCAGCCGAGGGCAUACCUUACUAUUACAUGCCACCUCAGCUCAAUCCCCAGGCCAGUGCUCCGGGUAUGACUUCCGGUAAGCCUGUUGUGGACCACACCUUUUACGGCCAAAACCCUCACCCUUAUGCUGGUCAGCCGGUAUGGCCACCACCACAGCAGCCGCCUUCGGAUUUGUAAAUGUUACCUUAAUAGCUACUUAAGAGCUUAAAGGACUGUGCAAGUGAAUUGAUCAU